CGGAGCAUCAAGUGGCUUUGCUCUCGGCAUAGCGCCUGCAUGGGUUCCCCGCUCAGGCGGCCGUCUCUGGAUUUGACUUCGCCCUGGGUGGAGGAUGGAGGUGCCAAGCUGCUGGAAGGGGUCUCCGGCCGUUACCUGCCAGAAAGACUUGACCUACCUGCAGCAGUGGCUGGAGGCGUUUGUGAUGAACUUUGAAAAUAUCAUCGGGGUGCAGUCUCUGGACCCGAGACGGCCGGAAGAUUCAGUCUCCGAGAUCCCGCUGCUCCCACGCGACGUCCUGCACGUGCUGAGCCAACAGCUGGCGCACUACAUGGCCCAAAUUGCCCGGGAGGAGGCGGCUGAGGCGGGCCUUGGCCAGGCGCUCCUGCACGUCAAGUUUUUUAUCAUCAUCUGCAGGAAUUUAGAAAAUGUCCAAGCCGACAGGACGCCAGUUUUUAUCCACGAGGUGCUUAGCUUGCUGGUUGCAUGUACAGCCAAGCUAAAGGGCAGCCCGGAGCAAUGUGCGCCCAGCAGGUCUCAGCUAGAGACGGUCACUGUCUAUGCACUGCACCUCUAUGAGUGCCUCUUCGACCCCUACCAGACGUGGAGGAGGCAGCUGAGUGGGGAAAUUGUCAGCAUGAAAGAGAAGAGCAAAUACAAGUUCGCACCAGCUGCUUUGCCUCUCGAGUUCAGCACUUUCUUCCAAGGUUGUUUCCAGGAUGAGGAGCAGCUUCCCAAGGCGCUCCAGCUGCGACUCAUCCACCUCUUUGGAGCCAUUAUCUCUGGAGCCAAGCAAAACGCCCUGCAGGUGAUCACGCCGGCCUCCGUGGAAGUCCUCAUGCUAGUGCUCAGGGGCUGCUGCUCCCCGGGGGACAGGGACACCAGGGACCCCCGGCUACUGCAGCUGACCUUGAAGAGCCUGGUGGGAAUGAUUCACACCUUGCACACCAGCAGCCCGGGCCAGCGCCAGAUGGAGAUCAGGACCAUUUUGGACAGCUACUUCAAGGUCCUCAACUCUGACCAGCCCAUGGCCUGCCUGGAAGGCCCGCCGGCCGCUCACUGGGAAGAGGGCCUGAUUACUCUCAGGGUAAACAUGUUGGACGCGAUUCCGGAAAUGCUGAAUUGUGGCGACCGGCCUGUCCUGCAAGCCAUAUUUCUCAGCAACAACUGCUUCGAGCACAUCAUCCGGCUGAUCCAGAACAGCAAGCUCUACGUGGGCGGGGCGCGCCGGGCGGACGCGUCGGGGAGCGAGCUCGCCGCACACUUGCUGAUGGAGAGCGAUGUCCAGCAGGUACUGCCUGUCACUUGGGGGUGGCCCGGGCACCGCACAGACCGGGGGCUGCUUUCGCGAAUGUCUGUUGUGCCACAACAAACCGGGUCAUGUCAGCAGCCCCGUCCAGUCAGGGCAGGGGGAACGCUUUUGUCUGUGGCUCUGGGCCCUUUUCUCAGGCCAGGUCGGCCGGCACCGUCCAGCGAGAGCGAGGAAGGAAAUAGCGAGACCAGACCUGAGCCAGCCCAGUACCCUUUGGCUUGGCUGGGGGGGGGAGAUUUUCGCCCUUGCUUGGUGAUUUCCGUUCCCAAGAGCUUUGCACAGAGGGGGAAACUGAGGCAAGGCCCCAGAGCUGGCAGUAAUGGAGCAAAGGGGACGCCUGGCUCGCCACUCACCCUCCCCGCUAAAGCUAAUGUUGCCUGCAUCCAGACCAGGACUAGCGCUCUGAGCAGAGCCAACAAUAAUGCUGCUCCCCCAUGGUACCUGAGGGCCUCCCAGCAUGUCGUGAUUUCGAAUGAAUCCUCCGAGGCGGCUACUUUCACCGCGCUGGUGUUGAAUGCCUGGGACGUGGCGGCUGGUUUUUCACGCCCAGGAGGAUUCUGCUCCCAGGGCGUCCAGCCAGCGUGUGGCUCCAUCCGGUUCAGAUGUUGCGGUUCCAGCCACCGCAGACCCACAUUUUCUUGCAUUGAUCCCCUAGUUCCUGCUGCUGUGCUACUCACCCCUUAUGGGAUGUUUGUACACACGACACCCAUCUGCACGCCUUGCUUGCAGGAGGUGUUCAAGGAGAGGAUCGGCUACUCCCACCUGUACGACGUUCUCAAGAGCCAGAGCCAGCCCACCACCCGCCUGCUGGAGGCGCUCCUCGACAUGGUAAGGACAGCACGCCGCUGCAGCGUGCCUCGGGGCUUCCCAGUGCCUGCCCCACACAGCCCAGCCCCCCUUCGAGAUUGGGGGGGUGAUGCUCCACUACCAUGUGACUCUGUCCCCUUCUGCCCCGCGCAGGUCGUGCGGGCGCUCUCGGGCAUGGCCAGGAGGGAGCGGUCCGAGAGGGCCCUGCAGUACUUCGACCUGACGCCCAGCAUGGCGGGGAUCAUGGUGCCGGCCAUCCAGAAGUGGCCUGGGAGCGGCUUUGCCUUCCACCCCAGGCUCUGUCUGAACGAAGAGCCCCAGGAAGAGCUGGAUCGGCCCACCCAGCUGAAGCGGAAACAGCUGUAUAGCUUUUUCACGGCCGGCGGCACGGGCUUUGAGGCGUUCUUCACGGCCGAGGGGAUGCUGGUGGUGGCGGUGUGCACCAAGAAGGAGUAUAUGACGGUGGCGCUCCCGGAGUUCCCCUUCAACGACUCGGCCUGGCCCCCCCCCCCCGCCCUCAGCCGCUCCCAGUCCUUCCCUGCCUCCUUGGCCACGCACUCCUGGACUCCCGGGGCCGCCCAGCCCCCCCGGGAAGGCCAGGUGUCUACGACGGUGGCGGGGAGCCAGGACACGGAGUGGGGGACCCCCACCUCCCUCGAAGGGCAUCUGGGGUCGGUGUCCAUAUUCUGCGAAGCCCUCCAGCCGGCUCAGGUCAAAGCUCUUUUCUCCUCAGGUAGGGUGAGGAUCUCCACGGGAGACUGUUGUCCCGGUGCGGGGGGCUAUUCCGGGGGGGGGCAGGAGGGAUCGCUGAGCCCCCACCCCAUGGAGGCCUGUAAAAAUAACAUCUGCCUGGACCUGUCUCCCAACCAUUGUUUCGACGGGAGGCUGACGGGACACCAAGUGGUGAACUGGGACGUAAAGGUGCGGUUCCGCCUCGCGCUUCCCCGGCUCUCGGACGCGGCAGAGAGCAGGCUGGAGAGGAACCCUGUGGCUGCCUUUCUGCUGCUGGUCAAGAACUUUAUCCGGCAUCACCCCGUGAACCAGGAGAGCCUGGUGCAGUGCCACGGGCCGGCCAUUAUCGGAGCCCUGCUGCAGAAGGUGAGUCUCCAAAGCCGCCGGGCGCGCGGGGCAGCUGAACCGGGCGGGGCCGAGCCCGGGGCAAGGCGGCUCCAGCCUGGGACUGGAGGGGGCGGGGGCAGGCGUGUGUGUGGUGUCAAGUCCCUGCCUGUCCCACGCAGCGCACAGAAGGAGACGCCGCUUCCCACGGACAACGUGAAGACCGUGCAGAUGUCCCUGUUCAGCCUGGUGAAGGAUUUCCUCUGCCGCAGCUUCUCCGCCGAAGAGAUGCAAAGUGCCUUCAACUACCUGGCUGGGGUGCAGGAGGAAAACCAGGUGUGCGGGAUGCUGGAGGUGGUGCACAGCCUGCUGAAGGGGUCCCCCUCGCAGGAGCAGCUCUACACCUUCCUGUUUGAGUCGGGGAGCGUGGAGGUGCUCUUCUCGCUGCUCGUCCAGAGGAAGUUCUCGGACGACGUGCGGGAGAUGGUCUGGGGGGCUCGGGGCCCCGGUGUGACGGCCUGCCCGUGCAAUUGCAGAGGAAGUUCUCGGACGACGUGCGGGAGAGAGUCUUCAAACGAGAAGGCGCCCGAGCGCAGCAAGCACCGCCUGAAGCUGAAGGACGUGGGCUACCAAGGGCUCAUCGCGUACCUGGGCGACAUCCCCGUCUCCAUGCUGCUCUUCCGCUGCCUCCUGGAGCAGGUCCUCGGCUCGGACUCUCCGAGCUACAAGGACCUGAUGGCCGUGGUGUACCUGUCCCACCGGGCGGAGCUGGCCGUCCGCCUGGACACCUGCCGGAAGGUAGGAGCCCUCGGGUGCUCGCGGAGCCGUGGCGUCUGCCGAGUAACGCUCUGCGUGCCCAGCCCCACGCGGUCUCAGGCCCGGGCCUGGGGCAUCGUCCUGCAGGGCCCCAGAGCUUCUCCCUCAGCUGGUUCUGUCAGCACCCGGGCCCCUGGCAGCGGAAGCUGUUGUCCUCUGAAGGCGGCUGGAGAUUUUCAGGAGCUGGCGCUCACCCGCUGCCCCCAAACCCCGGAGGAGGAGCUGUGCAACCUGCUCACCAACAUCAUCUUCUCGGUGACCUGGCGCGGCGUGGAGGGCUGGGACGACGCGGCCUGGAAGGAGCGCGGGCAGGUCUUCUCCGUCCUCACCAAGCUGGGCACGGCCUGCGAGCUGGUGCGCCCGCCCGACGAGAUCAAGCGCAGCCUCCUGGAGAUGAUGCUGGAGUCGGCCUUCACCGACAUCAAGGAGGCGGCUCCGGCCGCCCUGCCCAGCCUGGCGCAGAACGUGCUCAAGCUGCUGCGCGCCCUCGCCCGGUUCCCUCCCUGAGGCAGGGGAGGGCCAAGGCCGCCCGUGCGGGGAGGGGUCACUCUGCCCUUGCUGUGGCCGCAGCUCUACGAGGGGGUGAACAGCCUGCUGGACAAGCUGGGCGUGUGGUACCACCUGGCCAACGGCACCUCCGACCUGAAGGAGAUGGCGCAGAUCGGCCUGCGCAUCCUCAUCGGGUACAGCGCGCUCGAGGAGGCGCAGGUGCAGCCCGUGAUGGCGCAGUUUGAAAUCGACACCUUCGCCAAGAGCCACGACCUCAUGUCCAAUUUCUGGAACUCCUGCUACGACGCCCUGAUGAGCGGCACCCUGCGCAGAGAGCGGGAGAAAGAGGAGAGCAAGAGGAAGUUCCAGGUCUGUGCCACUGCUCUGCGGCCCCCUGUGGCCCGGGCCCGGCCCACAACGAACCCCCCAGAGAUCCACUGGAAGCUGUCGAGUGCCGAGACCUACUCCAGAAUGAGGCUGAAGCUGGUUCCCAACUACAGCUUCGACCGGCACUCGGAGGCUAGCGCCUUGCGGGACAACCUAGGUGAGCGGGGCAUCGGCUACGACUUCAAGCGGCCCCUGUCCCAGCUGCGGGAAGUGCCCCCCCGCCGCUACAACCUCCGCCGCUCGGCACUGGAGUUCUUCUUCAUCGACCAGGCCAACUACUUCACCUGGGCCCGCGACCCUGCGCGGCCUCGUGAAGUCGGGAAUGGCUCAGACUUCAAGCGGCCCCUGUCCCAGCUGCGGGAAGUGCCCCCCCGCCGCUACAACCUCCGCCGCUCGGCACUGGAGUUCUUCUUCAUCGACCAGGCCAACUACUUCGUCAACUUCAAGAAGCAGGCUAGAAAUAAGGUGUAUUCCUGUAUCCUGGGCCUGCGCCCCCCCAACCAGAUCUACUUCGGCAGCCGGUCGCCCCAGGAGCCGCUGAAAUUCCCUUGGGUCUUGCAGGACUACGUCUCCGAGACGCUGGACCUGAGCGACCCGGCCGUGUUCCGGGACCUCUCCAAGCCCAUUGGGGUGGCCAACGAGAGACACGCCAAGGACGUGAAGGAGAAGUACGAGAGCUUUGAGGACCCCACGGGCAUGAUCGACAAGUUCCACUACGGCACCCACUACUCCAACGCGGCGGGGGUGAUGCACUACAUGAUCCGGACCGAGCCCUUCACCACCCUGCACAUCCAGCUGCAGAGCGGCCGGUUUGACUGCUCGGACCGCCAGUUUCACUCGGUGCCCGCGGCGUGGCAGGCGCGCAUGGAGAACCCGGUGGACGUGAAGGAGCUGAUCCCCGAGUUCUUCUACUUCACGGACUUCUUGGAGAACCAGAACGGCUUCGACCUGGGCUGCCUGCAGAUGUCCAACGACAAGGUGAGCGACGUGGUGCUCCCCAAGUGGGCGACGUCCCCGGAGGAUUUCAUCCACAAGCACCGGAAAGCGCUGGAGUCGGAGCACGUGUCUGCCCACCGGCACGAGUGGAUCGACCUGAUCUUCGGCUACAAGCAGCGGGGCCCGGCCGCCGUCGAGGCGCUCAACGUCUUCUAUUACUGCACCUACGAGGGGGCCGUCGACCUGGACGCCAUCGCCGACGAGACGCAGCGGAAGGCUCUGGAAGGCAUCAUCAGCAACUUCGGGCAGACCCCCUGCCAGCUCCUCAAGGAACCUCACCCGGUGCGCCUCUCGGCCGAAAACGCCGCCCGCAGGGUGGCCCGGCUCGACACCUACUCCCCCGACGUCUUCGAGAACCUCCACCAGCUCAAGUCCUUCUUCGUCGAGGGGAUCAGCGACGGCGUCCCGCUGGUGCAGGCCGUGGUCCCCAAGAACCAGGCCCAUUCCUUCAUCACGCAGGGCUCCCCGGACGUGCUGGUGACGGUGAGCGCCAACGGCCUGCUGGGGACCCACGGCUGGCUGCCCUACGACAAGAACAUCUCCAACUACUUCAGCUUCACCAAAGACCCCACCGUCACCAACGCCAAGGCCCAGCGCGUCCUCUCCGGCCCCUUCGCCCCGGGGGCGGAGCUGUCGGCCAGGACGCUGACCGUCUCGCCCGACGGGAAGCUGCUCUUCAGCGGGGGACACUGGGACAACAGCCUGCGGGUCACGGCGCUGAGCAAGGGGAAGGUCGUCGGGCACAUCGCCAGGCACAUAGAUGUGGUCACCUGCCUGGCGCUCGACCUGUGCGGAAUCUACCUCAUUUCGGGCUCCCGGGACACCACCUGCAUGGUCUGGCGGGUCCUGCAGCAGGGAGGGUUCUCCAGCAACCUGGCUCCCAAACCCGUCCAGGUCCUGUACGGCCACGACGCCGAGGUCACGUGCGUGGCCAUCAACACCGAGCUGGACAUGGCUGUGUCAGGGUCCCAGGACGGCACCAUCAUCGUCCACACCAUCCGCCGGGGCCAGUUCAUGACGUCCAUCAGACCGCCCUGCGAGAGCUCGCUGCCCGCCACCGUGGCAAACCUCGCCGUGGGCCCGGAGGGGCAGAUCGUUGUCCAGACCACCGUGGCGGGGCGGGGCGCCUUGAAGGAUAAAUUUGCCCUGCACCUGUACUCUGUGAACGGGAAGCAUCUCUCCUCCGUGCCGCUGGACGAGCAGGUCACGGCCCUGUGCCUCACCGAGGAAUUCGUGGUGCUGGGGACUAUGCAGUGCUCUCUCCAGAUCUUGGACCUUCUGAGCCCCCGCCCCAUCUCCCAGGUCUCCUCCGGAGAGACGGAGUACAACCCGCCCGAGUCCAAGUGAGCGGACUGUCCCCCAGCAAUACCGGGCAGAGGUGCCCUGCCGCAGGGGGUGUCUGAGGGGGGGCGGGCCCAGCCUCGCCACUCGGGCGUACCUGCACUUCUCCCGGGAGCACGGCGCUCGCUGGGACCUGGGUCCGUGGGCAGAGCGUGCCGAGCCGGGAAGCGCGUUCCUUUCCGCGCCAAAGGCCUGCCCACCUCCGCCCCUGCAGCUCUGGGGGGACAAG